UUUCUGGCAAACUGUGGGCGUGAUCUAGACCGUUCACGUUAGGGUUUUUAGUUAUUUUUUGCCUCUUCUGCUGCUUUAUAUUACAUCUGAGAUUCGCUGCGGCAUUUUUCGCAAACUGCCGGAAGACACGAUUUAAGCGGCACCGGAACCUGCUAUUAUCAUGGUGAAGCACAAUAAUGUGGUGCCUAAUGGCCACUUCAAAAAGCAUUGGCAGAAUUAUGUUAGAACAUGGUUCAACCAGCCAGCACGGAAGACAAGACGACGCAUUGCCAGGCAAAAGAAGGCAGUGAAGAUUUUCCCGCGCCCAACAUCUGGCCCCCUUCGUCCAAUAGUCCAGUGCCAGACGCUAAAAUACAAUAUGAAACCGAGAACUGGAAGAGGCUUCACUCUUGAGGAGCUCAAGGCUGCAGGAAUUCCAAAGAAGCUUGCUCCCACAAUUGGCAUUGCAGUGGAUCAUCGUCGUAAGAAUCGCUCACUGGAAGGCUUCCAAGCCAAUAUCCAAAGACUGAAGACAUACAAGGCUAAACUGGUGAUCUUCCCUAGACGUGCUCGCAAAUUUAAGGCUGGUGAUUCAGCACCAGAUGAACUUGCUACUGCAACCCAGGUCAAGGGAGACUACAUGCCUAUUGUCCUCAGUAAGCCUUCAGUUGAGUUGGUAAAGGUUACUGAGGAGAUGAAGGCAUUCAAGGCCUAUGGCAAGCUUCGUGUGGAGAGAAUGAAUGCCAAGCAGGUUGGUGCCAGGAUGAAGAAGGCUGCGGAGGCAGAGAAAGAAGAGAAGAAAUGAUUCAGCUGCUCCAUAGCAAAUAAUAAUAGCCAAGGCCUUUUUGUUAAUUUUCAGCAUAUUUCUGUUUUUGUCUCCCAUUUGUGAUAUUUUUUUUGGCGAUGUUGGCUUUUUUUCUAGAAAACGUAUUGUGGAAUCUGAUGAUUGUUUGGAAUUGCCAUGUCACUUGCACUUUCAUUUAAAUUAAUCUUGGUAUUUGUUUAAGCUUUUUAGUCA